UAGUACAGAGAUGCUACAGUAAACUGACAUUAUAGUAGCCACGCGUCUUCCUGACUGCAUUUACAGUCCAGAUUUACACGAGGGGAAAAAUUUGGCAGCGAGACCUUGCCCUGCCUCGCGACCUUUUUUCAUCUACUUUUGAAAGUGGAAAGGCACCAAAGCCAUGCUACAGAGAAAGUAAGUUUCCUUUUUGUAUUUUUAAGAUAAUAAACUCCCAAAUGUGCUGAAGUUAUGGCAGCGCUAAGGCGUAAAUUUGGAGAGGACUACCAGGUGGUGAACACGAACAGAGGCUCGACUUUCCCGAGCGCGCCGGUCAAGAAGAAGCGCCAGCGGUUCGUGGACAAAAACGGACGCUGCAACGUCCAGCACGGGAAUCUCGGCGGAGAGACCAGCCGCUAUUUAUCUGACCUAUUCACUACUCUGGUGGACUUGAAGUGGCGCUGGAACCUUCUCAUUUUCAUCCUCACCUACACCAUCGCCUGGCUGGUCAUGGCCUCGAUGUGGUGGAUCAUCGCGUAUAUAAGAGGGGACUUGAAUCAUGGCCAUGAUGCUUCGUACACUCCGUGCGUCGCCAAUGUUUACAACUUCCCUUCGGCGUUCCUCUUUUUCAUUGAAACCGAGGCGACCAUUGGCUACGGUUACCGCUAUAUAACUGAAAAGUGCCCAGAGGGCAUCAUCCUGUUUCUGUUCCAGUCUCUGCUGGGCUCCAUAGUAGACGCGUUCCUCAUCGGCUGUAUGUUCAUUAAGAUGUCCCAGCCCAAGAAGCGCGCGGAGACGCUCAUGUUCAGUCAGGACGCGGUGAUCUCACAGCGAGACGGAAAACUCUGCUUAAUGUUCCGCGUGGGCAAUCUGAGGAACAGCCAUAUGGUGUCCGCGCAAAUCAGGUGUAAACUCAUAAAGUCUCGUCAGACCCCGGAGGGUGAGUUCCUGCCAUUGGAUCAGUGUGAACUGGAUGUGGGCUUUGGAACAGGCGCUGACCAACUCUUCCUGGUCUCUCCCCUCACCAUCUGCCACGAGAUCAAUCCCAAGAGCCCUUUCUUCGACCUGUCCCAGCGCUCGCUCAUGAACGAGCAGUUUGAGAUUGUCGUCAUCUUGGAGGGUAUUGUGGAGACAACGGGUAUGACAUGUCAAGCUCGUACCUCGUAUACAGAAGAUGAGGUGUUGUGGGGUCACCGCUUCCUGCCUGUCAUGUCUCUGGAAGAGGGCUUCUUUCGGGUGGACUACUCCCAGUUUCACAGCACUUUUGAGGUUCCCACGCCACCCUACAGCGUGAAAGAAUAUGAGGAGAAAUCGCCGCUCCCCUCCCCACUGGUCACGCCGCACAGGGAACGAGUGUUUUCCAUGGACUGCCUGGAAGCAGGUGAGGAUGGGGCGCAUCCCGGAAGCGCUUCUUGCAAGCUGCCCAGCAAACUCCAGAAAAUGAGCUCGUCUGGUAGAGAAGAUCUACAGAGGAAGGUGCUACGCUUGAGUUCGCAGCAAUCCGAAAAGGCUUCGAGCACAGGGGACCUUCCUCUUAAACUACAGCGCCUCGGCUCCAGCCCUGGGCAGGUUGAUGGAGAGGCACGAUUCCACCUCAAAUCCCUCAAGGUGGGUUUCCAGCCCAUGGCCAUGUCCACGGGGGACCUCCACCAGAGAAGUCUGCCUCCCACCCCAGCGGCCAUCCCCACACACCCCCCCGGUCCUCCACACACGCCUGGUGGCCGUCCAGAGGACAACUUGCCUCCCAAAUUAAGGAAGAUGAAUGCAGAUCGCUGACCUAGAAGUGCUUUUAAAACUUUCUCCUAAUCUGAGAGCAGUUUUCUGUGUUUAUGUACAAUAAAA